ACGUAAGGACGCGCCGGGAAGGGGCCGUUGCCGCCGUUCUUGCGCCCGAGAGCGGCCCGCGACGCGCUCCCCCGCCCCUCCGCGAAGGUCUCUGUCGCGUCCGCGCGCGCGCGCCGUUGCCAUGGCGGCGGCGGCGGCCCCCCCCUCCGGGCCUGGCGCGGCCCCCCCGGUGGCGGCGGCGGCGGCGGCGGCGGCGGGCGAGACGAAGGUGAUCUACCACCUGGACGAGGAGGAGACGCCCUACCUGGUCAAGAUCCCGGUGCCCGCCGACCGCAUCACCCUCGGCCACGUCAAGGCCGCCCUGGCCCGCCCCGGCGCCAAGUACUUCUUCAAGAGCAUGGACCAGGACUUCGGGGUCGUGAAGGAGGAAAUCUCGGACGACAGCGCCAAGCUGCCCUGCUUCAACGGCAGAGUCGUUUCCUGGCUUGUGUCUUCAGAGACUCCUCAGCCCGAACCUCUGCCUCCACCCCCUCCCAUAGAGGUACGACCAGAGCCUUCACCACCCCCGCCUCCUCUUCCUCCAUUGCCCGUGGAGCGGACAAGUGGCAUUGGGGACUCCCGACCCCCUUCUUUCCAUCCGAACAUCACAGGCAGCCGUGAGAACUUAGACCAUGAAACCGAGCCGGAGUCCGUUGUGUCACUCAGAAGGGAGAGGCCACGCCGCCGGGAGAGCAUGGAACAGGGAGGGAGCCACCGACUGAACGGGCAGUCACGGCUGGAGCGGCACCUGGCCGGCUACGAGAGCUCGUCCACUCUGCUCACCAGCGAACUGGAAACCACCAGCUUGUGUGACUCCGAAGACGACGACACCAUGAGCAGGUUCAGCAGCUCCACCGAGCAGAGCAGCGCCUCCCGCCUGCUGAAGCGCCACCGCCGGCGACGGAAGCAGCGCCCCCCACGUCUCGAGAGGACUUCCUCUUUCAGCAGCGUCACUGACUCUACCAUGUCGCUCAACAUCAUAACGGUGACCUUGAACAUGGAGAAGUACAACUUCUUGGGCAUCUCCAUUGUGGGCCAGAGCAACGAGCGAGGAGACGGCGGCAUCUACAUCGGCUCCAUCAUGAAGGGCGGGGCGGUUGCGGCAGACGGCAGGAUCGAGCCUGGGGACAUGCUGCUGCAGGUCAACGACAUUAAUUUUGAGAACAUGAGCAACGACGACGCCGUGAGAGUCCUGAGAGAAAUUGUCCACAAGCCUGGCCCAAUAGUGCUUACCGUCGCCAAGUGCUGGGACCCCUCCCCUCAAGGAUACUUCACCCUGCCCAGAAAUGAGCCGAUCCAGCCUAUCGACCCAGCCGCUUGGGUGUCGCACUCCGCUGCCCUGACCGGGGCCUUUGCUGCUUACCCGGGGAGUAGCUCCAUGAGCACCAUCACCUCAGGGACCUCCGUCACAGAGACAGAGCGCUUCGAUGACUUCAAUUUGUCCAUCCACACGGAUAUGGCCUCGGUCACCAAGGCAAUGGCCUCUCCCGAGUCUGGCCUGGAGGUGCGUGACCGGAUGUGGCUGAAGAUCACCAUCCCCAACGCCUUCCUAGCACACAGUGGUGGACUGGUUUGGCACGCCACCCGUGUGAAGAGGCCUUCCAGAACACUUGGCGAGGAGCCCAAGCCAAGUAGAAUGCGCCCAGCAAUCCUCCUGAAGGCCGGCUUCAUCCGGCACACGGUCAACAAGAUCACCUUCUCGGAGCAGUGCUACUACAUCUUUGGGGACUUCAGCGGCUGCGAGAACUAUAUGGCCAAUCUCUCCCUGAACGACAACGACGGCUCCAGCGGCGCAUCUGACCAGGACACCCUGGCCCCUUUGCCUCUGCCGGGCACGACCCCGUGGCCCCUGAUGCCCACCUUCUCUUACCCGUACCCAGCCCCUCACCCGUACAGCACCCAGCCCCCACCUUACCACGAGCUGUCCUCCUACAGCUACGGCAUCGGGAGUGCCGGCAGCCAGCACAGCGAAGGUAGCCGGAGAAGGCUCCUCGAACCAAGCAUGAUGAUGGAGGCCAGGGCGGCUUGGGCAACCGAGGGCGUGGGGCUGGCAAAGCACCCAGAGGAGGGAGAGAAGGCAGAGGUGCAGAUUCAAAGUCGGGGCACUGGCGGGAGCUGCGAAGUCCGCAGUAUUCGAGCCAGUUCCAGCGGCAGCCAGCGCGGGGGGGCCCUGGUGGGGCACGGCGGGGAGGCGGCUUCGCAGCGGAGCCAGCACAGCCUGCACUCCCACCACUCCCUGCAUGCGGCGUACGCGGCUCCCGGGGGCGUGCCUCUGGCCUACAACCCCAUGGUGGUGAUGAUGGUCCCGCCCCCCGGGCCCCCUGCCGCCGCGGCAGCCGUGCAGCCCCCCGGGGCCCCUCCUGUACGCGACUUGGCCUCCGUGCCCCCAGAGCUGACAGCCAGCCGCCAAUCAUUCCACAUGGCCAUGGGCAACCCCAGCGAGUUCUUUGUCGACGUGAUGUGACCCAGAGGUCGCCGGCUGCCCCCCUCCCACUCUCCACCUGACAACUCCGGCCUGCUUUUUUGUGGGGUUCCAGCCGUGGAAGUUUUUUAGCUCCAAGGCUGACCAAAAACUUUGCCUGCUGGUGCCCUGUGAAACGGCCCCUGCGGAUAUCUGACCACCCGCCCUACCAGCGCCCCGCCUGGUGGCCGGACUGCCCUUGUUCCCUGCCCCCGCCCGGCUCCUGCUCUCGCCUUAAAGCUCCUUCCGCCCCCAAGUGGAAGGACUUGAGUUCCAUCCUGGGCCAGCAGAGCCGCUCUCUUCCGAGCUUCUGCCGCCUUCCAGACGGCUCUCGGCAGAUAAGCCCCCCUCAGUUAAUCGCAUUUGACCGGCUCAACCCUUCACCUGGUGACGUCCGUAUUUUUUUUUGAGCCUAGCUUUAAUCAAGCAGUGAUCUCAGAGUCCUCUAGAAUCCUGCUAAUUCCUCUGCCCUCUCCUAGUUUCCAGU